AUGGGCGACCAGAAGGAAUCCCUGUUUAAGAUCACCCACACACUGGCCAUGAAGAACGAGGAGAUUUCAAACUUCAUCGGCGCUCUCAAGCAGAACCUCGACAACUUGGAGGCAAACUCCAACCGGGUGCAGGACGACAUGCAGUCAGAGUUCACCGCCCUCCACUCGGCCCUGGACGAGAUGAAGGAAAACAUGCUGACACGCAUCAAACAGGAGAGAGCCAGCCGCACCUACGACCUACAGAAUCAGCUGAGCGCCUGCUCCAAAGCCCUGGAGAGUUCGGAGGAGCUGCUGGAGCUGGCCAAUCAGACGCUGUGCUCCUCUGAGACGGACGGUUUCACUCAGGCGGCCAAAGACAUUAAGGAUAGCGUGACGAUGGCUCCUGCUUUUCGCCUCUCCCUGAAGGCUAAAGCCAGUGACAACAUGAGUCAUCUGAUGGUGGAUUUCAGCCAGGAGAGGGAGAUGUUGCAGGGUCUCAAGUUUCUCCCAGUUCCUGCCACUCCAGAGAUCCAGGUGUCAGAGUGCCAGGUGUGUGACAACAGAGUGACUGUAGCAUGGACCUUACAGGAGCCUGACACUAAGAUAGACCACUACAUACUGGAACAUCGACGGACAAACCACGAGGGUCCACCACGCAUCAGGGAGGACUACCCCUGGAUGGUGGUGGAGGGGAUACGAGAGUUGGAGCACACACUGACGGGUCUGCGCUUUGACACCCGGUACAUGACGUUCAGAGUGAGAGCGUGUAACAAGGCCGUGGCAGGAGAGUUCUCUGAGCCAGUUACUCUAGAAACUCAUGCCUUCACCUUCAAACUGGACUCUGGUUCGGCUCAUCAGAACCUAAAGAUUGAGGACUUGAGUGUGGAGUGGGACAGCGGCGGAAAGGUCCAGGAAAUCCGCAAAGAGAAGAACCGAACCAACUCCCCCAUGCAUUCUCCAGCCAGGUCAGCACUCAUGUCUCCCAAAAGAGCACCGACUGCCCGGCCAGGCAGAGACCGGUUCACGGCAGAGUCCUACACAGUGCUGGCUGACACCAUGAUCGAUGCCGGCCAACAGUAUUGGGAAGUACGGUUUGACAAGGAGAGCAAGGCCUUUGCUGUCGGGGUGGCCCUGCGGACCCUUGGCCGAUUUGACCAGUUGGGGAAAAGCAACGCCUCCUGGUGCAUCCAUCUGAACAACUGGCUGCAGCAGAGCCUCACAGCCAAGCACAACAACAAGGCUCGAACACUGGACUGUCCGAUCCCAAGCAAGAUAGGAGUCUACGUCAACUACGAUGAAGGUACUCUGUCUUUCUACGACGCCAAAACUAAGCAGCUGAUGCACACCUUCAAAACCAAGUUCCCACAGCCAGUUAUACCGGCCUUCAUGGUGUGGAAUGGCAGUUUCUCAGUAGUGACGGGCCUGCAGGUUCCCAGCAUGGUGCAAAGCGGUCAGAGGAAGAACAGCGGCACCAGCAGCUCCAACGCCAGCCUCACCUAG